AGCUUCCAUGCUCUGCACAGCACAGCAAAACUGUUCGUUGGCGAUACCAUGCGGUUAUUAUGGAUUGUUGACACCGCGCGCGUUGAUUGUUUAAAAGUGCUAUAAAAAGAGUUUGUGCCCGCGCCGACCGAAGCACAACUCGCAAGCUUUACUUUUAAACAAACUAACCUACAAACGCGAAUGCUAAUGUUUUCUUUUUGGCUUCUCUUAUUAAAUUGAAUCAACCAACGAAUAAUUUCCAUUUGUUUGCUUUUUCGUUUCUUUACUUUGUUGUGUGCUGUGUGCGCACACCAAAUGGUACUACCUACUGAAGCUUUUGCGUUCCAUUUUUUAGUAAUAAACUGUUCACCAUUCAAGACAUAUAAUUUUCUUGUCGUAGUGUGCGCUCCACGACGUGGUCGCCCGUUUGGAAGUGUUAUUGACAUAUUUUUACUUUUAUUAUUUUUACUAGUUAAGGCACUUGACAACGUCUAUGAAAACGUCAAAUUUACAAUGGAAUAUCCCGUUGCUUUUAUGGAGCAACAGCAGCAGCUCCUUACCAAUUUCGCUGAGUUCGUUAAACCGCCGAAAGAGAGUUUUUCCUACAUUGACGUUUUGGAGAAAGAUGAAAAGUUAUGCGAAUACUACCGCCGGAUGCCGGUUUUGUAUGACAAGAGUCAUCCGCACUAUAAGUUCCAGUCGAAAAAGGAGAAGGCCUGGCGCGAAUUAGGUCGUCUAUGCGAAAUGAAUGUCGAUCAAUGUAAAAAACGUAUGACGUACUUCCGCUGCAGAUUUACUGUCGAACGGCGAAUCAUGAAAAACGGUGUCAAUUGCAGUGAGUGGCCUCUGCUGGAUAAGCUCAAGUUCCUCAAUAAACACAUCAAAAUUCGGAGACCAAGAGCGCCCAACGGCGACGUGGAACCCGAUACAGACGACGAAUCCAACCCACUAAACGUCCUUCGCAAGCGUCAGAUGGAGGACGCUAAAGAUGACCUACAUGCGUACCUGGACCUGCAGCAAGUGGCAGCGGCAGCCGCCCAAAACUCGCAGGCCCAACUGCAUUACCAGGCGCAGCAUGCAAAAAUGCAGCAGCAGUAUCCCCAUGCACAACAUCAGGGACCGCCGGCAUUCCAUUCCGGCCAAGAUAUGGGUCUGCAUCACCUACAGUCACCUCAUGCAUCCGGCCAACAGUCACACGCAGCCAAUCUGCACGGGAGUCGAGAUAGUCAUCAUUCCGGUCAGUUGGGACCUAAUCCAUUGGCAGCCGCCACGCUUGCCUACCGUGCCGGACUUUCACAGCCCACCCCGGUCGAAUCACCUAUACCAGCUUCCAAUGUCGAGGUAUCCUACAACGUACCAACAAAGCGCCAACGGGUGAACUAUGACAUGGAUGAGGGAGCGUCCGUUGCUAACUUCAAUCUUAACCGCACAGUCAAGUACCAAAACAAUCUGGAUCAUGCCGUUAGCCUGGAUGAGCAUGGCGCAUUCGGAUUAUACGUCGGCGAAAUUCUACGGAAAUUACCCGAACGACUCGGUUCGCUGACAUCGCUAAAAGUUAUGCAGCUGCUGCAUGAAGCCCAAAUCCAGUCGUUCGACAUGGCUUCAGCUAGCAAUAGUAACGGAAAAAAGAGCAGCGCGGCCAACAGUUCCAUUGGUAGAGAGGAGCGGAAAUCUACCGAGAGCAAUGAAAGCGCCUGCAAAGAGUAAGAUGUUUAUAAUAGAUGCCAUUUUGAUUUUUAUUUGAAAUACCCAUGCCUCGAAACUUGCGUAUUUAUUUUAACAGUAACGUAAUAAAGUACGUUUCGAUUUUUUUUUUAAUCAGCUGCGAGACAAUGUUUUUAAAAUAAAUUAACAAAUAAACAUUCAUACCAUCCUAUACUGAGUAUGAUGGAAGGAAUUUCUAACUGCUAAGUAUUAGAUUUUUACCGCCGCAGCCAAAGUGUUGUCGAUAGUCUAAUGAUUUUUUAAUUGCAACAUAGUAACAGUAACCUCACACAAAUAUUUCAAAAACAAAUAAUAAUUUAAAAGCAACUAUAGGUAACACCCAUUUUAUUCCUCAGUUGGAUUUCUAGAUGUAAGAAAUUUAGUAAAAAAGUGAACAGUAAAGUACCGAUUCGACAAAAAACCUACAUACAAAGAUUAUAAUAAAGUAACCCUUAUAAAUGUGGAAUAUGUUAACAAAA